AUGGCAGCCAUGGCGUCCAUCUGGACUGUCCCGGCUAGCUGGAAGGUGAUGGGAGAAGCUCCUAGCGCUCAGCCGCAAGCGUUUCUGUCGAUGAAGCAGCAGCUGUCCGUGAAGAAUGGGAGAGGAGGAUUCCGACCGGUGAUGGCGGCGCCGGAUCAGAUCCAGAGCAAUGUGGAAGAGAGCAUCAAAGGAGCGGAGGAGGCUUGCGCGGAGGAUCCGGCCAGCGGGGAGUGCGUGGCGGCGUGGGACGAGGUGGAGGAGCUGAGCGCCGCCGCGAGCCACGCCCGGGACAAGCAGAAGGUAUCCGACCCGCUCGAGACCUAUUGCAAGGACAACCCGGAGACAGAUGAGUGCCGCACCUACGACAACUAA